UUAAUUGUCAUGCAUGUGGAAUCAAACAAUCGAAUUUUUGUUAAUAUUAGUUUGACAAAUGAUUUUUAAAAAUACGAUUGACAGCCUUUGUAUAAAAAGAGAUCCCGUAUGUGGUCCCCUCCUGUUCGGCAUACAGUAAUCACGUGGUAUAGGAACAAGCGCCAUAUUUGAUAUUUUCAUCUUCAGCAUCCGUUCGUACAAAAAUUAAUUUCUCAUAUUUAUUAGACCAUCGAUAUAAAUUGGAUAUAUCAGUAACCUUUAAAGACAGAGAAACUUAUGACUUUCUACAGGUCAAGAUGUUUGAUUUCCACUUUGCACAGCUGAAAGACAAGAUACAACAGGCCAAGAGAGUCCAAUUGUUUGGUGGUCUCACUGGUGAUAGGGCUAAUAGAAGACACCAGGCAAAGAUGAUAAACGUAAUGAACACUUCAUGGAAAAAUGAGGAGCCCACAAUAAACUUCACUACCAGACCAUAUGAGGAACCCAGACUUAAUGAACCAUUGUAUGAUGGAAGUAAAACUUCAAUCCUCCAAUCAGUGUUGCGCCAUUUUGUGACAUUUUGCUCGAACAAUGGCAUGUCAAAGUCUGCAGUGAGCAUGUGUUUGUCAUAUGAAAAAAAAGUACUGCCUCAACCAAACAAGCUACCCAAAAGUUACAAAGAAGCGCAUGACAUGGUGAAACACCUUUUAAUACCAACAACAACCUAUCAUUGUUGUGUCAAUGACUGCCAGAUAUUUAGACUAGAACAUUCAGACAAUAUAAAGUGUUCUGUUUGUGAUGAGGAUAGGUACUUGACCAACUCACAGAAUCCAAGAAAGACGAUUACCUAUAUGCCCUUAGGUCCUAGACUAACUAGGUGGUAUGGCACAGACAAUGUCUGUAAACUUUUAUAUUCCAAACAGGAGGUUGCAAAUGGAAAACUUGGCGAUUUUAUAGAUGGAUCCAUAUAUGAAUCUUGGUAUGAAGAAGGGGGAGUCUUUGAAAACAUGGAGGAAUCUUUAACUGUUCCAUUAGCUUUAUUUACAGAUGGACUUAACCCGAAUAAAAGUAUGGCUACCCAAAAGUCAAUGUGGCCGCUAAUUUUGACAUGGUUAAAUUUGCCUGUAAAUGUUAGACAAAUUCUUGGCCCAAUGAUGCUUGUUGGUAUUAUUCCUGGAACCAAAACAGAAGAACCAAAACAUCUUGAUCCGUAUUUAGAAUUAAUUGUUGAUGAACUAUUGACAUUAUCUGAAUGUAAACUUUUUAACACCUACAAAGGAGCACCAUGCAAAGUUAAAGUGGCACUUUUACAAUACCAGUGUGAUAUACCAGCAUUUGGCAAGCUGUUACAUGUGUCAAGUCAGGCAGCAUUAAGAGGAUGCCCAUACUGCAGAGAAACUGGGGAAUACUGUAAAAACCCUCACAAAGUUGUCCACUUAAGCAACAGAUCAUUUUUACCUACCAACCAUCAUCUACGAUCAGAUACCACAAACUAUGCAUCAAAGAGGGAAGAAUCUUCAACAACUGAGCACAUGUAUACCAACGAAGAAGAGUCUGACCUAAGGAAGCAGUAUGAUGAUCUACCAAACAAAAACCAAAAAAACAAUAUGCAAAAAAGAACGGGUUUGAAAGGUACAUACAGCUUCAUGAAACUGCCAUAUCACAAUAGAUCAGAACAGAUGCAACCAGAUGGAAUGCACACAAUUGCUGAUGUAAUUGGUAAUGUUUUGGAUACAAUUACUGGAAAAGAUGAUUGUAAGAAAGUAAGGCUAUGCGAACAAGAAUUUGAUCGUUUUAAAGACACGUGGGUGAAAGAAAAUACAGAUGUGACGGAAGACUCAACAGACAAUGUUGUCAGCAAUGCAGUAGUGGGUCAGAAAAGAAAAUCAGUUACUCCGAAUAAUGUGCAGCACAAAAAGAAAAAGAGUAAUAAUGUUGAACAAUGUGUAUUACCACCUUCCCCUUGGAGGUUAGAUCGUACAGCUCUAGCACUUGCAGAUAAGAGAGCCAAAAGUUUGCAAUACCCACCUGGUUUUGACUACCACCCAGAUAAACAUUUCUCCAAGCCAUGGACACUUAGAACUAUGCAUGGGAAACUUCAGUUUGUCACAAGUAAUGCUGCUGCAUGGUGUUUGCAUGGUUUGUUGGGACCAGCACAAGAGCGUACAUUGCUGAAGUUGUUUGACGUAUUGAAAAAGCUUACAAAAGAAGAAUACAAAGUUGCUGAUUUAGAACAGUUACAGGAAGAAACCCAUGAAGCUCUUGCUUUGAUUGAAAGAAAUUUCCCAUUAUCCUUACAACUAAGCUGUCUUUGUCCUACUAUAAACAUGAAACAAACAUGA